AUGGGUGAGAAUGUAGCUUUGGGUAACCCUUUGGAAGAAGCUAUGGAUGACAAUGGAGAUGUUUAUCUAGAGUUGCCAAAUAUUUUCAAUGAAAAGUUGCACUGGAAGGAGCGGGAACCUGUGUUAGGUAUCAGGUUUAAGAGUCCUAAGCAGUUGAAACACAUGCUCUGUAACUAUGCUGUUGCAAAUGGUUAUCAAUUAGGUUUUUUGAGAAAUGAUAGUAGAUGGUUGCUAGCCAAAUGUUGUGAUGGAAAAUGUACAUUUAGGGUUUGGGGUUCAUGGAUGAGUGAUGAUAAGUCUUUCCAAAUCAAGUCUCUUAUUAGUGACCAUAAUUGUUCAGAGGAUUUCAAAUUUGAAUCAAUUAUCACGUAUAGAUUGAUAGGUACCCACUUUACCCAACAAUUUUUUAACAAUCAAAAGAUGAGUGUGAGAUUAGAGGAGGUGAAAACCACUUUUGGUAUUGUUGUGAGUAUGAGUGAGUGUAAGAGAGCCAAGAAGUAUGCGUUGAGUCUAGUUGAAGGCACGGUCGCAAAAAAUUAUGCUAGAUUAUGGUCUUACGGUGAGGAGAAUAAAAGAUCAAAUCCUGGAUCCACUAUUAAAAUUUAUGUGGAUACAAUGCUUGAUGGUAAGAAUUACUUCAGCAAUAUCUACAUAUGCUUUGCUACAGUCAUAGAGGGGUGGAAGGGAGGGUGUAGAAGGAUCAUUAACUUGGAUGGUUGUUUCUCGAAAAAAAUUUGCCAAGGUGAGUUGCUUUGUGCACUUGGUAGGGAUGCUAACAAUGGAAUAUUCACAAUUGCUUGGGCAGUUGUAUGUGUGUAA